CCCGGGAGUGGAAAGCACAGUGCCUUUUUUUCAUUCAAAACCUCGUCGAAUUUCUGUCCUGGCCAACGCGUGGCCUUGUACGCUAAAAUUGCAUUAGUUGUUUUUAGGCCUGUAGGAGUAGAUUUCGUGUAACGCUGCAAACAGGAACAUGUCUAAUAUGAGAGAUGUCGAGGGGGCCGUCUGUAAGAGAUCCUGGAUGUUUACCACACGUCCACACGCGCACACACACACAAAAACUGUCGACCAUGUUGAACAUACUCAACAAAUCGUGCAGGAAGGAGAUUCAGCUGACAGAGAAAAGGCGCACACAAUUAAUAAGAAAUCUAUCCCCUGCCGACUGCCGACCGCCGGCCGUUUGCCGACGAGCCGAGACCCGCGAGGGCGCGCGCGCAGGAACAUGCAGGAUCAGACGACGACGAGCUCGCUGCUCUCCAGCAGCGAGCGCUCCUCCAGCUCGGCGCCGGAGACGGGGGAGACCAGGGAAGAAGCGAUGGAGAGCGACGAGGAGAUCAGGAGGGUGCCGGAGGUUGGCCUGGAGCUGCUGACCAGCCCGUCGACGUCCGGCAGGGAGGCGACCGCUGCCGCGGCCGCUGCCGGGACGUCGUCCGCGUCGCAGGCGGCCAGCGCCAGCCGCCGCGGCCGCAGCCCGGCCGACAAGGAGCACCGCCGCCUCAAAAGGUUGCUUCGGAACCGGGUGUCGGCGCAGCAGGCACGGGAAAGGAAGAAGGCGUACCUGAGCGAGCUGGAGGUGAGGGUGAAGGAGCUGGAGAAGAGGAACUCGGAGCUGGAGGAGAAGCUGUCCACGCUGCAGAACGAGAACCAGAUGCUUAGACAGAUACUGAAGAACACCACUGUCAACAACAGAAGAGGCCCAGGUAGCAGCAGUGCUGGUGGAGACAGCCAAUAGCUGUCGUCUAUACAACUCCUCCUAGAACCCGGUUGCACUUCGAAGAAACUAAUUAAUUAAAGCAAGGAAAUACCGCUUGAGAGAGCUAGUAGAAAGAUUGAACUGGUCAUGCAAGCUCGUUAUUUAGUUACAAUCAUAUAUAGCCAGCCUCCCUUCACAGGGACCCUGUGCUGCAUAUAUACGCACGUGUUCAGUGAUUCAGUCCGUUCUGCAACUUUGUCUAGCUGUAUGCAUGCAAUCGCGUUGCCAACUUGUAAUUCGAUUCGCCUUCGUGUGUAGACUGUACGCAAGGCGGAGUGGACGCAGUGCACAAGUCCGUGGUGCAACAACUGUAAUGUAAUAACUAGGCUUGUCUGAAUUCUGAAUUUGUGUGUCUUCUGUACUGUACGGUUGUGCAAACGUGCAGAUUCGCUGAUGACACAUUUUAUUUAGCUUGACCAAUA